AUGGUCAGCUACACUCAAUUCACCCUCGAAACCAGGGCCUUCCGCCUCUCCACGCCGCCGGAAGCGCUGCAAGAACUGCGCGACCUCGUCCGACUGUCAAAACUCGGUCCGAGGACGUACGAGAACUCGUAUGCGGGCGGGAAGUACGGGGUCGAGUAUGAGUGGAUGGCUGAGGCGAAGGAACGCUGGGCGGAUGGUUUUGACUGGACGGCUGUUGAGGCACGUGUGAACGAAUUCCCCAACAUCAAGGCCAAAGUUGUCGAUGACGACGGGGCUACGUACUCCAUCCACUUCAUCGGCGUCUUUUCACAAAGGAAGGAUGCGAUCCCGUUGAUGUGCAUCCACGGCUGGCCUGGCAGCUUCCUCGAAUUCAUCGGCUUCCUCUCCGCUUUGAAGGCCAAGUACACCUCCGAGAACCUGCCCUACCACGUCAUCGUCCCCUCCCUUCCAGGCUACGGCUUCUCCGACUCCCCGCCGGUAGACAGAGACUGGACGCUUCAGGACUCCGCGCGGCUUCUGCACAAGCUCAUGGAGGGGAUGGGCUUUGAGGGCGGGUACGCCGUCCAGGGCGGCGAUAUUGGGAGCUACACGGCGCGGAUCAUGGCGCGCACGUAUGACUCUUGCAAGGUGCUUCAUCUGAACUUUUGCGCCAUGACAUGUCCCGAGGAGGCAGCAGACACGCCGCUCGAAGCGUAUGAGCGAGAAGCCCUUGAGAGGAGCGACAAGUUUGUCAAGUUUGGCACCGCGUAUGUGAUGGAGCAUGCUACGAGGACGGCUACAAUCGGGUUCGUGCUGUCGUCGAGUCCUCUGGCGCUGCUUGCUUGGUAUUUUAACCCCCUUCAUGUUGACAGACUCAUUACUGAUAAGCUGGGCAGGAUUGGUGAGAAAUUCCUCACGUGGACGCACGAAACCCCCUCCAUGGACGAGAUACUCGCCUCAGUCACGCUGUACUGGCUCACACAGACGUUCCCUCGCGGUGUAUACCCGUACAGACAGGAGGUCAUCGACGACACCCACGGUUCCAUGACCGACGCGGAGUGUCGGAGGGUGAUCAAGGACGGCGCGAAGCGGUACAUGUUCCAUCCGGACCCGAAGUAUUACUGCGAGAAGCCGAUGGGGUAUUCAUGGUUCCCGUACGAGAUUGUGCCGGUGCCGAAGGCGUGGGCCGCGACGACGGGGAACCUGGUCUGGUAUCGGUCGCACGAGAAGGGGGGACAUUUCGCGGCACUGGAGCAGCCUGAGGCCCUCCUUGACGAUGUUGAGGAGUUCUUGAAGCAGGUCUGGGGCCCGAAGUAG